CUCGGAGGAAUGAUCCUGCACUUGCCCCGUUCCGCCCACUUGUUUUUCCCCCUCCCCCCUCAACCCCCGCUGACUGCACUUCCUUCUCCUCACCCCACCCCACCCUUUUGUUUUCCUUCGUCCUUGUUCCGUCAAUUGGUCACUUACGCGGAUCUGAUCUCACUGCCCUUCCACUUGCUCAAUACUCGCUCUGCGGGAUAGGAAACACUCGUUAGUAUUUGUGGGCUGUUGUCGUAGUAUAUUCGCGUCGCAUACUCGGCUUGCUCAUAUGUCCACUUGCUGGCGGCCUUGGUUCUGCGACCAACUCUGGGAUAGAGGAGGAGUGUGUCAUUCGGUGGUCCAAGGUGCUGGUCUUGGCACUUGGAGCGAGACGAGCCUGCGUGUGGCAGUGUAUUUUGACGUGGUGUUUAGUCGGCAAGAGGAGCAUUGUUGGUUUGGCUCGUGAAGCGAGCCAGUGGUAAUCUUUUUUAUAUUUUUAUGUUUAUUACCGGAGUGUGAAAGGCGUGCUUAGAGCUGCGGAGUUUUCGUGCGCCGAAGCACGGUUUGAAGAGGUAAAGGUGUUUUUUGGAUAAUUUGGGAGCAUUAACCAUUUGCGAGCGAGGCUGCGUGGGUUUUUUUUUUUUUUUUUUUUUUUUUUUUUUUUUUUCUCUGUUUGCGGCGAGGUUGGGAGAAAAAAAGGAUUCGCUUGGGUAUUGGGCAUUACUUGGAUCGGCACUCGUUGUUUCUUGUUGGAGGUCUUGUAGCCGCCGCAUUAGAGGUUAUUCAGUUAGUGAAUCCUCCUGCUCGAAGAGAGGCGCCAUCCUUUGACUUUGUUUGGAAGGCCUUGUGCACGCUUCUUCGGAGCCGUCUUUCUGGUGUCUGUUAGUGACCUCUCGUGCCUGUGUAAUGCAUUUGUCUCGAGCGAAGACUUCAACAACUUCUUCAAGUAGAUGACCCCUGUACCAAGAGACUGUUACGAUUCAAGGAUUAUGGAGGCUCCCGGAGAGGUGAAGAAAGAACCUGUGCCUUUGAAGUCGGCUGCCGGCAAGGAGACCGGCCGUGCGAUUAAGAGGAAGAGGGCAGCCUCUGAAUCCGAACACAGUCACAAGCGCUCUCAUGGUGCCAGCGGGACAAAUUCCAAAUCCCGAAUGCCGUCCAAGGUUAAGGCCCCCAAAGAUGCUGGUGCUGUUAUUAGCAGCGCUUGGAAGCGAAAGAGGUCAAACAUGGUUGAGGAAGAUCCAGAACUGGACUCCGAGCACGUAAUGAAUGCCGCCCAGGCGCUCUUCGACCUUUUCGCUGGUGCCGGGAUUCCCCGAAAAGACACCGUUGAGAGCAAACCUGGUGACGUCAAGAGCGGUGGUGUUAAAUGGGCAGGAAAGAAGAGCAGAUCCAGCAGAUGCAGUAAAAAAGCAGACGAUUCCUGUGCUUGCAAGCUGAGUUCGAGCUCCACCACGAGUGCAACUGUUACCGAUAUUCCUGAAAUUUUGGACUCCUCAACCUCACGUAACCACCAACUGGUGGUAUCCCAUCCCCAUGCCUCCGAGGCUGGUGUAGAAACUGUGCACGUCGAAGUAGACUCUGAGGCUGAUGCAGACGCCAAAAGUACAGACAUGAGUCCAUGCGGUCUGGACUUUGAUAGAGGAUAUCGCUUACUCUCGCAGUCGAGCGUGGAGUCCACACUUCUCGACUCACGAGCCGAGAGUCCGAGCUCCCCUCUCCGCGUUCUCAGGUCAGAAGCGGAUCUCAUCCCGAAGCUGGAAGAGGAGCUCAUGUUGCAGUUCGGGUUUCAGAGAAAUCUCCCAGUACGGCCUGUGACCAAGCCGUCACUGUUGCGGAAGCCUAAAGCUGAGGAGAAUUGUACUAUUGAGGGUGAUGAGAUGAAAGAGGCGAAGGUUGCACUAAAGCAAGUGCAACGCCGCAAGUCACGAGCUUCGAACGUUAAAGGUCAGUCUCUGAUUUUACAAGGCGAUGUUCUGGAUGUACCAACAACUUCUUCGGGCACGGUGCUGAAGGAAUGCAUAGAAGAAAACAAAUUUCAAGUUCCUGUUACAUUGAAUUUGUUUGAACCAGUUAAGACAGAAACUGGAAGAGUAAAACUAGAAGGCAGGGAGCUUUAUCAGACGGGCUCGUCCACCCAAGUCAGGCUCAGAAGUGCACUGAGUGAGGCUGAGAAGGAGGCUCGCAGGCUACGUCGUGUUCAAGCCAAUCGCGAGUCUGCUCGCCAAACCAUCCGGAGAAAGCAGGUUUUGUGCGAAGAGUUAGCUCGUAAGGCUGGAGAGCUUCAGGCUGAGAAGGAUAAUUUGUCUAAGACACUAGAGCAAAAAGCCAAGGAAUUAAGAAAUCAUCAGGAGAUUAAUCGGCAUUUGAAAGAACAGAUUCUAUUACAAUCAGGAAGUGCAGAGACAUCACUUCCUGCAAAUGAUGGUGGUAAUUCGGCAUCACCGGCUCCCGCAGCUGGUCCAGUGGGAGGAAUGCCUAUGCUGCCUUACUGGUGGGCGUUUGCAUUAGCCCAGUCUGUCGCAGCCACUCAGUCCUCUGGAGUACCGCAGUUACCCGAGGGUGUUGUGGUGCCACCAGAUUUCAAUGUAGUUUUUGCAGCCACUGUAGCGGCGCUUAACAACGGAGCUGCCAUGAAUCCAAACAUGUGGAUGAACUUGAUGGGAAAUAUGUCCAAAGCUCAAGUUCCUGGAAUGGUUGCGGCACCUGAUCAGCAAGCUACCUUGACUCACUCUGCAGCCAGGCCAUCAGUCACUUCAGAAUUACCACCAGCUGGUGGCACGGACAGGUUUCAGGUUUUGGGACGGUCACCUGUGGCCAAAAGCAGUGCCUCCUCAUCACCCAUGAAAGGUGUUACAAAUACAGACGCAACUGUCAUAAUGUCGAAACCGUCGUCCCAAGUGAGUGGGAAAAUACCCUCAGGACUUCCGAGUAUGCUAAGUACGUCUCAUUCUAGAGGAAAGUAUCAGGUGGCAAGCCUGGGAGCUCCUGCAUCACAUUCACUACAAACUACAGGCUCGGGAAUGACACAGUAUCAUGUUGCUGGAGAUGGAAUUGCUAGUGCAUCUACAACUUUAUCUUUGGGUCCAGGUUCCCAUCAACUGCAGCAAUCUGGCCGAAUGGAUCAGUUGAGAAAGGCAGGGAAUCUGAGGUUUUUCCCCACGAUAGGAAAUGGUGUUCAAGGCUUUCUUGGACCUCGAGUGGGAGCUUACCAAUCGGAGGCAGCGGCCAAGGCUACGGAAGCUCGGAGGCGUCGCCGAGAGCUUAAACGAACCAAGAGCCUACAAAGCCAGCUGCAGCAGGAGAAGAAACUUGUCUCAACUAAAUCCUUGUAACCUAAAAUCAUAUAUAUUUUUUUUACUUUUUAUUUAUUGAUUUUUCUUAAUAUUUGAAGGUGCCCCUUUCUUUUCUCAGAUGUGAGAAUUUGUAGGGGUUUAUAAGGUUCUUGGUCUUGAUCCUGUAUUCUACUGAUUCAUGUAGGAACUUCAUUUAGAUUCAGGAAAUAUUCUUUGACGGUACAUGAACCAGUUCUUAAUUCAAACACAAUUGAUACACUUGAGCAUCAUGGCUCGCUUUUACAGAGAUCGAGUGCACAUUAUGCACUAGAGGUUUUGGUCAGCCAGCUCGGCGACUCUUAUGUGACUACAAAGAGUUUAGCACCUUAAACGUCAUCGGUAUGGACAUAUUAUAGUAUUGAUCCUUAUCCCUCACUACAGAAUGAAGGAUUUGUAUACAGUUUUCAAAUGUAAUCAAAUGAUGUACUGACUAGUCUAAAUUUACAACUC